AUGCGAUGGGAGGAGGAGCUGUCCAAACGAGAGCAGCUGGAGUCUACGGUGGGAUCCCUGCAGCAGAGGGCCCAGGAGUCAUCAGAGGUCCAGGACGACCUAAACGAAAAGGUGGACAGACUGAAGGCUGAACUCGUGGUCUUCAAGAGUCUGAUGAGUGAUCAAAUGUCUGACCUGGACACCAAGAUUCAGGAGAAAGCCAGGCGGGUGGACAUGGACAUCUGCAGACGGAUUGACAUUACGGCCAAACUGUGCGAUGUGGCUCAACAACGCAACUCAGAGGACAUGUCAAAGAUGUUCAGUGUCAGUCCGGCCAGAGCACUCCCAGAGAAGUCACUCUCAGAGAAGGGAGCAGCUGUAGCCUGCUGCAGGAGGAAAGAGCGUAAAGUGAUGUCUGAUGAGGAGAGUUCAGAUAUGGAUGCUGAGCCCAGCCCUUUGGAGGAGGAUGUCCCCGGUUCACUCAACAUCACAGACGAAAUGAAACGCAUGCUCAAUCAGCUGCGCGAGACGUUUGAAAUUGACGACGACUGUGACAGCCUCACGUGGGAGGAAAACGAGGAGACUCUGUUGCUGUGGGAGGACUUUGCAAACUACAACGUGCCCUGCACCAUCACUGCGACAGCCUGCACGACCACCUGCCCCAGUGAUGGCAACGGUGAAGCCCCUGAUCCAGACUCCCAGGAUGGAAGUCUUGGCAGCCUCAUUGAUGAAACAGAGUCACUAUUUAAGACCAGAGAGCAGGAGUAUCAGGAGACCAUCGGCCAAAUCGAGAUGGAAUUGGCCACAGCAAAGAGUGACAUGAACCGACAUCUACAUGAGUACAUGGAGAUGUGCAGCAUGAAGCGAGGCCUGGACGUGCAGAUGGAGACCUGUCGACGGAUGAUUAAAGGCGGCAGGAACUCUCCCUCUAUCAGCUCUGUUGCCAGCAGCGACUCAGGGAACACAGACGAGAUCCAGGACGAGAUUUCGGACAAGGACGCAGAGGCUGAAGGCCCUGUUAGUUGAUGGCUGCAUCACCGGGCUUUGUCCCACCUCCUCCUGACCACCCCUUGUUGUCAAAAGGGUUAAAUGUGUAUAGAUUUCCACCAUGUUAGUGAGGUGGUCCAACCUAAAUCUGGGCCUGUUUGACCUGUUAAAGUUCUGAUGGUCAUGCUCACUGUUGCAGGCUCAGAACUGGUGCUUUUAUACUAUUUCUGUUGUUUCGAAAGCGGCGGGGGGCGUCUUUGCUUCACAAAGAGAAAGGGGUGCAUAUAGUGUCUAAGCUGUGCUCUCUUCCUCACUGCUGCCUCACUUCAUCCUUGCUCAGAACUUCACAUCAUUUUGGACGAGAGAAAAAAAUAUUCUAAAAGUAUUUUCUACAAAUUCUUACCCUACUAAGAUCCUUUUUUUCUAAAGGAAUUGGAAAUAGUACAUAUUGUGCUCCUUACAAAAAUAAAUCCAUCUUUACAUAUACUUUUUAAUAUUUAAUUUAGACUGAAAAAUGUCUGCGCCCCAUAAUUGGAAUAAAAUUAUGUUGUUGACAUGAUUCACACAGGUCCAGGUGGGGUGUUUGCAAUCCAAAUUAAAUUGUUAGGGGUGUGAGUGUCUUCUACCAAGGAGACAAAAGCAAGUGGAGACAAAUGUUGUUGGAGUUCUGAUGGUUUCUGGGGGAACGCUGCAGGGUUUGCCA